UUCUCAUUGUUGCUGUUUUGUGGCCGGCGUGUUUGCUAGUUUACGUUUUUGGUCCUUUGGUUGUUUUUCGUGACGUAAAACUCUUUUCUUGGAAUUUCUUGAAAUUACGCUACGUAUCAGGUAACAUAGACAAUCGAAACAGUUGGUCGAAAACGCGAGGUAAAUCGGUUGGCGGAGGUUGUGCGGUGGCGGUUGCGGAAGAUGGAUAAUUUGGAGGAGGUGUUGCAAGCGCUCGACGAGUUCCAGAAGAUGCGUCCGACGGUGAUACCGCAGGAGCUGGAGGACUAUCUGUGCUGGGUCGCGAAAACGGGCGAUCCCGUGUAUCAGUGGUCGUUGAUCAAGACGCUAUUCCGGGAAAAGCUCACUCGCGUGAUGACGGAUUUUUACGAGAACUGCCCUACUCUGGAACUCGCGCCCUGUCCGAACGUCGAGCACUUCAACUACGACACGAUGAAGAGUAAUCUUCUCGAGAGAUUGGAGUCGUUCGCCAACGCGCCGUUCACAGUGCAACGAAUAUGCGAGUUGCUGACUGCCCCGCGCAAGGAGUACAAUCGCGUCGACAAGUUUAUGCGCGCCAUCGAGAAGAACAUUCUGGUUGUCUCGACGCGGGAACCCGGACCAAUAGCGAGACGCGGUGAAACCGGCGACGGCAUGAUGAACGGAUCCGUCGAAGAGGACACCGCCUCGAUCACUCAGCAGCAGCCGCCACCGCCACCACCGUCACCAUCACCCUCGCAGUCACAGCCACUGGCAACGCAAGCACUGUCCCAGUCCUCACAGACCACACAGCCGGUGCAACAGACCUCUCAGGAUGUUGAAAUGGAGUACUGGGAGAAGGAUUGCAAUUCCACUGUCACUAUCAGUGUGCACACUGUAGAAAAUGAACCACCGCUGCUUCACAGCAGUGUCAUGCCCACUGCGGGUUCUCCUCUGGCUAAAAACGUAUUCAGCGCAGAUGAGAAUAGUCGAGAGAAGUUGGAACAAGCUGUCUCAAGAACAGAGAUUGCUGCACCUAGUUACGCCUCCACUGCUUCAGACUUUUCCACGAUAUCGCACUUAGCUUCGCAGACACAUGAGCCAGUAUCGACCGUACCAGCUGGUUUGGUAGUGCACAGUCUGCCGACUGUUGCGACUGUUUCCAGCGACACUUCCGUUGGUAAUACCAAUGUAACCGAGGCGAUUAUAAACGAAAACACUAAUUCGCAAAGCAAUUUAGAGCUGGAAAACGAAGAUGUCGAAGCGACGAAGCUGGCGACCGUCGCGACAACAGCUAUGACCACAACAACAGCCACAACGACAACACCAUCGACAACUUCAACAUCAGCAUCGACCACGACGGUAACAGUAGUAGCGACGGUAAUACCGUUGACAACAGAUACCACGCGUAAAUUACAGGCUGCUUUUCAGGCAAAACGUUACGAAAGCGACGAUGGCGACAAGUGCUUGGACAAGUCUGACGAGAAAUCAUCAGAUUCAUCAACGGCGGACAAUCCGGAAGAGGGAAUUGAACAUUCCGUGAAGAGCGAGGAAAGCACAUCGACCAAGACAAACUCCGAAUACAUUCACUCGGACGAGAUGUCUCGCGACGAGAGUAGAUUGAAUGAAAGUUUGUUACAAACCGAUGCUGAGAUGAGAUCCGACACUUUGGCGAAUAACGUCGGAAGUGUUGCUGAGGAAAGAAUUUCGGACAAAUCGGAGGAGGAGACAACAUCGAUUCUCGAAGAGAUAAAUGAAGAGAAUUUGCAUUCUAAGAGCGAUGAAGAUACGAAAACAGCAGUAUCUGUGGAUUCUCAGUCCGUCGCGAAGAAAGAUAGUACAAUUACAUUGAACGAUGGCGCAACUGCGGUUAUUGUAUCGAGUAAUGAAGCUUUAUUUAAAUCUGAGAAGAUCGACACGUUCUCCAAGGAAGAGUCAGUCUCUACCAAAGAGAGUUUCGUACACGAUCAGUCUGUAAACCAAAACACCGAGAACGCAGAUGGAACAGAUAAAGCUUCCGAGAUUCUCAGACUUGUAUCUUCCAGUAACAAUAAUAGACAAGAAGAAGUGCGAGAUCCUGAAAUCAAUUCGGACAACUUGAAAAUGACGGAAAUUUCCAAUGAUAAAACGGCUUUAGUGGAAUCCAUGGAAUCGGAACCGAUGAGCGUCGUAGAGAAACCCAAAGAAGUAAUGUCUGUAAUAGAAAAACUCGAUCUUGUCACGCCUAAUGUCGAGAUGGCAGAGAAUCUCGAUAAUGGCAAUUGUUCGUCUCCGAAAGAGGACAAAUUGGGAACAAGCGUUCAAGAUGAUAAUUUAGAAACUAUGGAAAGCAAUCAGGCGACGGCGUGUAUAAAAGAGAAUCAGUCUUCUGUAAUAGAGUGCCGAAAGGAUCAAGACCCAAUGGAACUGAUGGAGGUCGAAGAGGAGGAGUCGUUGUCGACGCAGGACGAAUCGAUGGAACAGGAAACGACGGAGGAUUUGCCGAAGAGUUAAUCUUGACUUAUCUAAUCAAGUGAUGUGUGGUGAUGUUGCAUGUCUCCCUUUCUCAAUUUCUGGCUUGAUAUUUGAUAUCUGUUUUGAAGAUGUCAAACGAGGCAGCACAUAAAUAUCUUUGUGCAUAGACAAGAUUCUUCUGAAAAAAAACAAAAAACAAAAAAAAACAAAAAAACGUGGUAUGAGUAUUAAUUUCUUCAUAACACUCAAUUAGGGAUGGAAUUUAAGUUUAACGAAAUUAAUAGUCUCUUGUUUCGAAAUUUUCAACGCUAUGACAGUUUUUUCGUUAGUUUGAGUAAAAAAUUUGCCGUCGUCUACGUCUGUAUAAAGGGAUUUAUUCAAAUGAAUUUUCUAACUCUUUGAAGAAAGAAAGAAAAAAAAGAACACUGCCUACUACAAGAAAAAACUCUCCCUUCCCCUUCCCCCCAAAAAAUUGUAAUACCGAAAUACCACCUUGUGUAUAGAAGCCAAAUUUGGUAAGCAUUUCAAUAUGGAUAUUUAUACAAAAAAAUAUACCAUAGAUACUUGCUUAGAAUAAGGUUGUGCCUAUAACUAUACUAACUGUGUAUAUUGCAUAUCGGACAAAUAUAUCUGAUGAUUUAUGUUUUUGAAAUAAUAACGCGUACGAAAGAGUAAUAGAGAUUCCGAGAAGACGUAGAAACUCCUUAUAACUGGAAAACAAACGGAAGAUAAAUUUUCGUUUAUAUUCACGGCCUUAUGCUAAGUUUCUGUUGUAAAUCUCGGAUCAUUCGGUUUUACUUUAUUUAGUACGAUACGAGUGUUUGAGAUUAAUCGGAUGUACAUUGAGAAAAAAACUACAUAUUUACACGUGACAACAUCUUGGAAAUGUUGGAACAAUGUUGCUUCAAAAAGUCGUCGAUGAAAUUUUGUUUGAUUUUGACCGUAUACAUACGUGUAUAUUGACGGACACACAUACGUACGAUCUACAAUUGAAAUUAUUGCAAGACUUUUCUUUUAUAGUUUCUUUGUCGUCAAACAAAAUCGUAUUUCUUUACAAUGAUAAUUAUUACAUAUAUAUAUAUAUAUAAAACAGAAGAGAAAAGAGUAGGAAGAUAUUUUAAGUACCUAAGUGUGAUUAGCUUUUUUGUGAUCAAAAGAUAUAGUAUUAUUCUCUUUCUCGUAUAUUAUGUUUGAUGUACGCUAAAAAAAACCCAAAACAAAAAUGAACAAGAAAUAGUUCGACAUUAAAAUUGUCUACAGAUUCUGAUCGGAACAAAAAAUCCCCGAAACAGCUUCCAUCGCAAAUUAUUAACAUUUAUAUUCUUAUUGAUCGGACACGUGGUAAGAGAUCUAUUAGGAUCGUUUCAAACCGCUUUAUUCGUAUCUGCACAAAGUGUUUUCGAGCUCAUUCGGAUUCGAUGCGAAUCUAUGGAAAAAAAAAAAACGUUAUUA